CAGAGAAUUCCUUGUCCUUUAGUAAUGCCCAUCCUGAUAAACCAAAGAUCGUUUAACACACUUUAUUUAUUAUAACGAUUAGGCCCUUGUAAGGUUUGUGUACUUUACCACAACAAACCGCAGUUAACUAACAAGGUACCAAGACACAUCAGAGUUGCAUACUCAGUCCUGUACCUAACUGUACAGCUGUGACGCUCACCACCUCAUCAAUUAGCCACAAUUAGAGAUAGCAAGAUAUGCAGCUGCUAAAUGAACACCCAUAGAAUUCUGGCCAUGAUGUAAAUUACAGCAUCCUUCCCAGCUGAGACAAGGUUGGCCCAAUCCAGAAAUGGCAUCAGAAGACAUUACUAAGUUGGCAGAGUCGCUUGCUAAGACCCAAGUGGGCGGAGGGCAGCUGAGCUUCAAAGGCAAGAGUCUGAAGCUGAAUACUGCAGAAGAUGCUGAAGAAGUAAUUAAAGAGAUUGAAGAGUUUGAUUGCUUAGAAGCUCUGCGUCUGGAAGGCAACACUGUGGGUGUAGAAGCAGCAAAGGUCAUUGCCAAGGCUCUGGAGAAGAAGUCCCAGCUCAAGCGAUGUCAUUGGAGUGACAUGUUCACUGGGAGACUGAGAUCUGAAAUUCCUCCUGCUCUGAUCUCUCUUGGAGAGGCCCUUGUUACUGCUGGCUGCCAGCUUGUGGAGUUGGAUCUCAGUGACAAUGCCUUUGGACCAGAUGGGGUGCGUGGAUUUGAGGCACUGCUUAAGAGCCCGGCCUGUUUCACUCUGCAGGAACUCAAGCUGAACAACUGUGGCAUGGGCAUUGGUGGUGGCAAGAUCUUGGCAGGAGCUCUCAAAGAAUGUCACAGGAAAUCAAAUUCUCAAGGAAAGCCUAUGGCAUUGAAAGUGUUUGUGGCUGGCAGGAACCGCCUGGAAAAUGACGGUGCAACUGCUCUUGCUGAGGCAUUCAGAGUUAUUGGCACCUUAGAAGAAGUCCAUAUGCCACAGAAUGGAAUCAACCAUCCGGGAAUCACAGCCUUAGCUGAGGCCUUUGCUGUCAAUCCCUUGCUGAGGGUGAUCAACUUGAACGAUAACACCUUUACAGAGAAAGGGGCCGUGGCCAUGGCAGAAACACUGAAGAAGCUCCGACAGGUGGAAGUAAUAAACUUUGGUGACUGUCUGGUGCGUUCCAAGGGUGCUGUUGCUAUUGCCGAAGCUGUUAGUGAAGGACUUCAUAAGCUAAAGGAACUCAACUUGUCUUUUUGUGAGAUCAAGCGAGACGCAGCUUUGGUUAUUGCUGAGGCUACUGAGGACAAGUCAGAACUAGAGAAAUUGGACCUCAAUGGCAAUUGUUUUGGGGAAGAAGGCUGUGAACAACUUCAGGAGAUACUUGAAGGUUUCAAUAUGGCACAAGUGCUUGGAUCCCUGAGUGAUGAUGAAGGAGAGGAUGAUGAUGAUGAAGAAGAAGAGGAAGAGCAGGAAGAAGAAGAGGAGGAAGAUGAGGAGGAGGAGGAGGAAGAUGAAGAGGAGGAAGAGGAGGAGGAGGAGGAAGAAGAGACACCUCAAGUACAGGAGAGGAGCCAGGGAGACCAAGAAUUGCUAACACCUCAAAAAAUUUUAGACACCCAUGAUUCUCCUCCAGUGUCUUCACCUCUUCCUCCUGUGGAUGUUGGCACGUUUCUAGCUUUCCCAUCUCCAGAGAAAUUGUUGCGAUUGGGCCCCAAGUGUUCAACCUUGAUAGCCCAGCAGACAGACACAUCUGACACAGAGAAAGUUGUUAUGGUUUUUCUGAAGAUCUCUUCCGUGUUCAAAGAUGAGACAACAGUAAAAACAGCAGUGAAUGAAACAACAGAUGCUUUGAUGAGACAAGCAUUUUCAUCAGCUACCUUCAAUUCUGAUGCUUUCAUUACCAGCCUCCUGAUUCACAUGGGAUUGCUUAAGAGUGAAGAGAAGAUCAAGGCUGUUCCAAGCCUUUAUGGCCCUCUGAUGACUUUAAAUCACAUGGUCCAGCAGGAUUAUUUCCCCAAGUCCCUUGUUCCAGUUCUUUUGGCAUUUGUCACAAAACCCAACCGUGCAUUGGAUUCUUGUUCCUUUGCCCGCCACUUGCUGUUACAGACUCUUCACCAGCUGUAAUACAGGGGCCAUUAUGCUCUGCCCCAUCAUGGGACUUGCGUCAGAACACUCAGAGACAGAGAGGAGACAAAAACAUCAGAACUUACGGAUGAAACCCUCAGCCUGCCUUGUCACUUGGCUGUCUGGCUUCCUUCUGCUAAAACAAGAUAUGAGGAACUCUGCUGUGUGGUGGUUUUUUUAAUGUUUGUGUGUUUUGUUUUUAAGCUCCCUCUUUCUGGAGUGAACCCUGUGUUCCCCAACAUAUCUCUCUUUUUUGCAGGGAGCGUUUUUCCUUCUCCGAUUUUUGUUCUCCUUCAAUUUUUCAACGUUCUGGCUGAUAUCCUAUUCAUGGAGCUGUGCCACAAAUGUAUCAUUGUGCGGUGUAGCUCCAUGGAUAGGAUUUCCCUCUCUCUUUAGCUGGGACUUCUGUUGCUGAAUUCAACUUCUUUCAGAGCUUUGGGCUUUCAUGGUAUUCCAAACCCGAAACCAUCUGUUUAAAGACCUCUCUGGGGGUAACAGUAAAAAUCUGAAACUAGUUUUAUUACUGAAUUUUGCUAUGAGAUAUAACUUGAGGGUUUUUCCUCCAUAGAUAGACCAGCAUCAGGUAUAAAGUAAUUUUACUAUUUUUUGCUGUUUCUCACAGUAUGAGAGUUAGGGUAUACACAAGUGGAAUGUGGUCUGUGUAUGGGAGAGAUUUCAUUGCCUGUUUGGUUUUGAAGUGUGACCAUCACUACUCAUGGAUAUUUUCCACAAAAAGGAAUCUGAUGACCUGCCCAAGACUAUUAGUAACAUUGCUUCAAUCUACAGAAGUAUGUGCCCAAUUAAAAUAGACUUUAUUCGGAGUAAGCAUAAUCAA